CCUCCCUCAUUUUUGCUCUCAUUUUCAGCAGAAAUUGCUGUGCCCGCACCAGCCCCAGCCUCAGGCACAGGGACAUGGGUGGAUGGAGACCCGGUUUCUCUUCUUAACGUGUUCACUAAUUAAUAAUCUUAGUGGGAAUUGCCCUGAGCGCCACGUGUGUGCCACCCUUUGAAGUCGGCCUUUCUGGACCCAUUUACAGAUGAAGAAACUGAGGCUUGGCGGCUCAGCAGUCUGCCCCAAGAUCCCACAAAGAGGAAAUGUCCUUCCUGAGCGUGAUCAAACUCAGGCCUGCCUGACCCCCAGCCAGGCUUGGUUGGCAAGAGCUCCCCAGAGGGAGAACCCCAAGCUCCCCAGCUGGGAGGAGCCAGCAGGCCUUUUGCUAAGGAAAAAACAGAACUGAGUUAGAAUCAUCUGGGGUCUUGUCAAAGUCCACCUGCUUGGGCUGUGCCCAGACUUGGACCAGCAUUUCCAGAGGGGAACUAGGGGGUCCGCAUUCUCAGCAGGCUCCCCACUCUGGCUGAAGUUCAGGAGCACAGCUCCGCGCGCUUGCCCAUACUGCUUCCUCUGCCGGAAAUGCCUCCAUUCCCCCCCUCAACAGUCCAGCGGCUCCAUGUGGGGAAGCCGUAUAGCGUGAUGUCUGCACCCUGGAGGCAGACUGCUUUGGGUUGGAAUUCCAGCCGGCAGCGCAGUGCUUAAGCACCUGACGGCUAACCAAAAGGUCGGAGGUUGGAGCCCACCAGCCGCCCUGAGGGAGAAAGCUGUGGCAGUCUGCUCGUGUAGCGAUUACAGCCCUGGAAGCCCUAGGGUGCAGUCCUGCUCUGUCCCGCAGGGUUGCCAGGAGUCAAAAUCAACUCGAUCGCCAUGGGUUUGGUUUCGGUUUUUUAUUAGCUGAGUGGCGGCCUGGAUGGCACAAAUGGUUAAGCACUUGACAACUAACCAAAAGGUUGGUGGUUCAAACCCACCCAGAGGUGCUUUGGAAGACAGGCCUGGUGUUCUGCUUCCAAAAGGCCACUGCCUUGAAAACCCUAUGGAGUACAGUUGUGCUCUACACACAUGGAGUCGCCAUAAGUUGGAAUAGACUGGACAGCAACUAACAACAUUAGCUGAGUAUCGUUGGGCAAGUCACUGAAGCCUCUGAGCCUUGUUUCUGCAGUGGGAAGUGGGGAUGAUCGUGCUGCCUGCCUCAGAGGGCUCUUACGGAGGGAAAAUACCUGUGAGGCGCCUGGCACAUCGCCUCCACUUGCCACCCGGCUGCUGGCACACAAGAUCCAGUCCCCGCAGGAGUGGGAGGCCCUCCAGGCCCUAACGGUGCUGGAAACAUGCAUGAAGAGCUGCGGCAAGAGGUUUCACGACGAGGUGGGCAAGUUCCGCUUCCUCAACGAGCUCAUCAAGGUCGUGUCUCCCAAGUACUUGGGCUCUCGGACGUCGGAGAAGGUGAAGAGCAAGGUCUUGGAGCUCCUCUACAGCUGGACAGUAGGCCUGCCCGAGGAGGUGAAGAUUGCAGAGGCCUAUCAGAUGCUGAAGAAACAGGGGAUCGUGAAGUCCGACCCCAAGCUUCCAGAAGAUGCCACCUUCCCCCUUCCUCCUCCACGGCCCAAGAAUGUGAUCUUUGAAGAUGAGGAGAAAUCCAAGAUGCUGGCCCGCCUGCUGAAGAGCUCACACCCUGAGGACCUCCGAGCGGCCAACAAGCUUAUCAAGGAGAUGGUGCAGGAGGACCAGAAGCGGAUGGAGAAGAUCUCAAAGCGGGUGAACGCCAUCGAGGAAGUGAACAACAACGUGAAGCUGCUGACAGAGAUGGUGAUGAGCCACAGCCAGGGUGGCUCAGCAUCAGGCAGUAGCGAGGACCUCAUGAAGGAACUAUACCAGCGCUGCGAGCGGAUGCGGCCCACACUCUUCCGACUGGCCAGUGACACAGAGGACAAUGACGAGGCCUUAGCGGAGAUCCUGCAGGCCAACGACAACCUCACGCAGGUGAUCAACCUGUACAAGCAGCUGGUGCGGGGCGAGGAGGUCAAUGGUGACACUGCUGCUGGCCCCAUCCCUGGGAGCACCUCGGCCCUAUUGGACCUCUCAGGCCUGGAUCUGCCUCCUGCUGGCACCACCUACCCAGCCAUGCCCACCUGCCCCAGUAACCAGGCCAGCCCUGAGCAGCCCAGCGCCUCAAUUUCCCUGCUUGACGACGAGCUCAUGUCUCUGGGCCUAGGCGACCCCACACCCGCUUCAGGCCCAGGCUUGGAUGGUGCCGGAUGGAACAGCUUCCAGUCAUCUGACGGCGCUGAGCCUCCAGCCCUGGCCCAGGCCCCCGGCGCGGAUAGCCGGCUCCCGACGCAGACUCCCUUGCCAGCCAGCAGUGGUCUGGAUGACCUGGACCUCCUGGGGAAGAUCCUUCUGCAGCAGUCACUGCCCCCGGAGUCCCAGCAAGUGCGGUGGGAGAAGCAGCAGCCAGCCCCCCGGCUCACGCUCCGGGACCUACAGAACAAGAGCAGCCGCAGCUCGUCCAGCCCCAGUGCCACCAGCCUCCUCCACACUCUGCCCCCAGAGCCCCCUGGGCCUCCACAGCAGCCCACACCAACCGAGCUCUCGCUGGCCAACAUCACUGUGCCCCUGGAGUCCAUCAAACCCAGCAGCAUCUUGCCUGUGACUGUGUAUGACCAGCAUGGCUUCCGCGUCCUCUUCCACUUCGCCCGAGACCCGCUGCCGGGGCGCCCCGAUGUCCUGGUGGUGGUGGUGUCCAUGCUGAGCACCGCCCCCCUGCCCAUCCGCAACAUCGUUUUUCAGUCAGCUGUCCCCAAGGUCAUGAAAGUCAAGCUGCAGCCACCCUCAGGCACGGAGCUGCCAGCAUUUAACCCCAUCGUCCACCCCACAGCUAUCACCCAGGUUCUGCUCCUCGCCAAUCCUCAGAAGGUGAGGCCCAGCUGUGACAGGCCGGGCUCUGUGGGUGGGCUGGCCUCCUGGCCUGCUCUGACUCCUCCUCCCCUCUGCUCCAGGAGAAGGUCCGCCUCCGCUACAAGCUCAUCUUCACCAUGGGUGACCAGACCUACAAUGAGAUGGGGGACGUGGACCAGUUUCCCCCACCUGAGUCCUGGGGAAGCCUCUAGGACAGAGGCUGGGGAGAGGAGGGGGCAGAGGGCCUGGCCAUCGAAGCCUGGUGGAGGCUGUGGUAGCCUGGGACACCCUUUGUCCCCAUGGCCAUAUACCCCACGGCCUGGUGCUUCUCCCCUCACCCCAGUGGCCCCCAAGUGACUCUUCUCCCUCCCCCCUGCCCUUCCCCUGCUGUGAGCCAAACCCAGCAGGAGGCUGGGCCUGGGUUUGCACUGCUGGGCCUCCACACAGUGGGAGCCUGGAGCAGGGAGGGGCUGCACGGCCCUGGAAGGACUUGGGGUCCUGGGAAAGAAGCGAGGCUGUCAGGGACGGCCAGGAGCCCAGCCUGGGUGGGGCCUUCCCCACCUGUCUCUUAUGCCUUAUGGGAAGGCCCAGCCAUAGCUGGGGGGACAUGCUGGAUCCAGGGACCAGCUCAGGCCUCCCCUGCAGGAACCCGGUGAAUGUGGGGUGGCACUUGCGCCCCUAGCUGUUUGCACUUCCCUGGUGUUUGGUUUGAUGCUCUUUUGUUUCUGAGUAGGCCCUGUGGUCACGGUCUCAGGGGUGGUGAAGACUGAGUUGGAGGGCCCCACGUGUCCCCCACUCCUCCUGGGGGCUCCCUUCACCCACUCAGUCCCUGCUGUCAGCCUCCUCAGGGGCUGUGGAGUAUGUGACGGCAGGCCAGGGGCUGUGCACUGGAGUCCACCAUGUCUCCUUCGUCCGCUGGCCUCUGCUGGGGCCUCCCACAGGCAUCUCCUGUCUCUGUCCAUCUGUCCGUGGUCAGAGUGGGGUCAUGUGUGCGUGAGAGCAGGAGUAUUUAUGAAAAUAAAACAUCCUUUUCCUGGACAGUUA